GCACGGCGGGGAACUGCUGCUAUAGCAACGUCAACAAACCCACGUCAUGGACUGGACUGGCUGAUCGCUGCAAAAGGAGAUAUUCUCCCUGCGCCUGUUGUUUAUACAGCGGCGGCCGAGAGCGAGGUUGUAACAAACGGUUGCCAUGGGAUUGUGACAUAG